UACUUUUCAUAAAGUGUUUUCAAAUGAGUUCAAUUUGGGGUUUGGAUCACCAGCUAGCGAUAUCUGCAGCUAUUGUGAAAGGCUAAAGUAUCAAGUGAGAACAGCAUCUUCUUUGGAAGCAAAAACUACUGCCACCCGUGAUUACAAAGUGCACAAGAUGCGUGCAAAACAAUUUCACUUAUUGCUGAAUCAACAGCAAAAUGAUAAUGUCCAAACAUUUUGUUUUGACCUCCAACAAGUUCAAGUGCUCCCAAAACUUCCAAUACAAGAAGCAUUCUACUCAUUACAAGUGCCAUACUACGCAUUUUGCAUUGUAGAUCCAAUAAGUCUUCACCCAGUAUUUUAUAACUGGACAGAAGAAGAGAAUCUUUGCGGUAGAGGAUCCAAUGCAACCGGUUCCGCAAUCUUCCAUUUUCUGAAAAAUCAAGAUUUCACAGGUAUCGAGAAAAUUCGUUUCUUCAGUGACGGAUGUGGGGGCCAGAAUAAAAACAGCCAAAUAAUCCAUCUUUUAAUGUACUGGCUAUAUAAAGAAGCUCCUGCAUCUGUUACAAGCAUUGACCAUUUUUUCCCUGUCACUGGACAUUCUUAUUUACCAGCGGAUCGAGUUUUUGGCAGGGUCGAAAAACAACUCCGAAGAAAACCUGAGUGCAUUCUGCCUGAAGAUUAUGAGAAUGUUUAUAAAACAGUUGGUACUGUCAAUGUAUUGCAGAGGAAUUGGAUUGCUUAUGACAUAAAAGUUCUACUGGACACGUUUAAAAAGAUUGAAGGAAUAAGUGAACAAAAAAGGAUGUAUAUUAGGAAACGUACUAAGAACGGUGAGACAAUGGCAAACAUUGCUAAAACGUGGACAAAGCGCAAGACGCGCAAUUUUACCGCCGCUUGAAGGUACGCCAGGCAUCAGUUAACGCCGACAAAGGACGCCGACAAAGGAAAGGCGGUCAACAAACUGCUAAAAAAAAGAUUUGGCGAGCAGUGGAUUCAAGAUCAAAAUCUGAAAAUCUGAUUUGACUUGCUCAUUGAAGAUCCGAUACCACAACCAGUUCAACCGCCAGCAACCGAAGAAGAGUGUCAGUGCUUAACAGAAGAUACUGAACCGAAAUAUUAACCAUUCUUAAUAUUUCAUAAAUAUUCACAUCUCGAAUAUUUCGAAAAUAUUCAUUUUUGGGUGUUCUGUAACGUUUCUUUGGUUUAUUCGUAAUAAAUGGUUUUACCUUAACAAACAGUUUUUUUUUCAAAGCGAAACAAGUCGACUUUUUUUUUCAAAAUGCAACAUGUCCAAAACUUUUUUUUUAUUUUUGUUGAAAGUAGUCAUCAGAUAUUUACCAAACUAUGUACUAUAAUGUGCUUAAGUCAAUAGCUAUUGAAGAAAACAGAGUUGCUUGAAUAUCUCAACCCAUUAUCGAGAAACAUGUUUUUUCUGUUUAUCUCGAAAAACAAUUUUUGGACAUAUUGCACUUUGAAAACAAGCUCCUCAUAUAUAACUUACUAUUAAUAUAUAAUUUUAAUCUUUUUCUUAUGAGGUUCGACUUAUCGUUCCACUGCAUUACCAAAGUAAUACAGUAAUUAUUAGUGAUUAUUUUCAUUUACUACAGGAAUUGUGUAAUGUAAAU